GUAAUCACCGCCUCCAAGUCCAGAAAAGAUGUCCUCGAAAUCCCGCUGGGCGGAUGAAGACCCAGAAGCAGAAGCGAUCAAUGCGCAACGCAAACGCGAAAAGGAAGAGAAACGACGCGCCAAAGCCGAGAAACAACGUCAGCUCGAACAGCAACAAGCUGAAGAAGCUGCCCGACAACGCGAAGCCGCAAACCAUGAUUCAGAGGCACCUCCCAAGAAACGUCGCCGACUCUCCAAUGAUCCGGACACAGCAGCCGAGGUUCAGGUUGAGCCAUCCAAACCACAAGAGAAGCCAUCGAAUAUAUUACAAUUCCCUACACAGGAAUGGGGCCCCAGUCGGCAUGUGGACAAUUUCGAGCGAUUGAAUCAUAUUGAGGAGGGCUCAUACGGAUGGGUGAGCAGAGCAAAGGAUAUCACGACGGGCGAAAUAGUCGCCCUCAAGAAGCUCAAGAUGGACAACUCUCCGGAUGGGUUCCCCGUAACGGGCUUACGGGAGAUCCAAACCCUCCUGGAGGCUCGUCAUCCAAAUAUCGUCUUCCUCCGUGAAAUCGUUAUCGGAACCAAAAUGGAUGAGUGCGUUUUCCCCCUUCUGUAUCAAGACCAAUUCACCCCUUCGCACUCCCUACUCCCCCGGACCUGGAAAGUUCAGAUACAGAAAAUUAACCCCAAAGCCCGGGGGUGAGAGGACAACCCCUCCUGCCCCCGAUCACCGCUUAAAACAGUGUCUUCCUCGUCAUGGACUUUCUCGAACACGACCUGAAGACGCUCCUCGACGACAUGCGCGAGCCAUUCCUCCCGUCGGAAAUCAAAACUCUCCUGUCCCAGGUCCUCUCGGGUCUCGACUUCCUCCACUCCCAAUGGAUCAUGCAUCGUGAUCUGAAGACCUCGAACCUCUUAAUGAACAACCGGGGCGAGAUCAAGAUCGCCGAUUUCGGUAUGGCUCGGUACUACGGUGAUCCGCCACCGAAGCUGACACAGCUGGUCGUGACGCUAUGGUAUCGAUCCCCGGAACUGUUGCUAGGGGCGGAGAAGUACGGUACUGAGAUUGACAUGUGGAGCAUCGGGUGCAUCUUCGGGGAAUUACUUACCAAGGAGCCUCUUCUACAGGGAAAAAAUGAAGUCGAUCAGGUGUCUAAGAUCUUUGCUUUGACUGGUCCCCCAACACCACAGACAUGGCCUGGCUUCCGUUCUCUUCCCAAUGCGAAGUCUCUCCGUCUUCCACAGACCUCGGCUCCAUCUGGGAACCCACCUCUUUUGCCACGUUCCAAGUUUCCCUUUUUGACGAAUGCCGGCCUGCAGCUGCUUUCUUCCCUCCUGGCCUUGAAUCCAAGCUCGCGGCCGACGACGCAGGAAUGUCUUUCACAUCCGUACUUCCGUGAAGACCCUCGUCCAAAGCCGAAGGAGAUGUUUCCUACGUUCCCGUCGAAGGCAGGCAUGGAGAAACGGCGGCGGCGGCAGACGCCCGAAGCGCCGAAGCGAGGCCAGGAGGCUCCAAGGCUGGACUUUGCUAGUGUAUUUGGCGGCCAGUCCGGUGGUGACAGUGGAGAAACCGGAGCAGGUUUUACUCUACGCUUGGGAUGAUUACUACCUGGCCUGCGCACACAACAAAGUCAUGGAAGUUGAAUAUUCAUAUAUUUUGGAAGUCCUCCGUUGGCUUGUGGAAUCGUUCGGUCCCACAAUGUCCAAAUCUCUAAUCUGAAAUGGUGGUUAUACCAACAAGACUGGGUCGUAAGGAGUGAUAACUUUGAGAGACACCUCAAAGCCAAAUUAUAAACCGCUGGGCUGGAAAAUAAGUAUAUGAAUCCCCUUAACAAUGCAGUUUAUACAUAUUUCAAUGGCCGUGCAGCAUAUGCUUUCGUACACAAAUUACCACUGAACAAUUGUACGCAAUCGGAACGGUAGAUGAACGUUCGAGGCCGUCAAGCAUCAAGGGAAAUAGCGUCG